UGAACUUGACAGAAUGAACGGGAAACGCUCGCAUUUUUAGUCUUCCCGCAUCUACGUUUAUCCAGCAGCUGUCGACUUUGAAUAUUAGUACAUCACUACACUUAUUUCUUCACAGUACGGAAAUACGACAUAAUAGCGUCAUGUGAGGAUAUACGAAACGCCUGAAAUCACCGAGGACAGUGAGGACAUUCAGUAUUGAUGUCCGUUACAGCGUAAACAUGUCGGAACCGAGGGUAAAGCGAAUAAAAACUUGCCUCCCGCUCUGUAAAACACAUUUAUCUACUGCUGGGAGUCAGGUCAGACAAAACUUCCCGACUGUUGUGGAGGAAAGUCUGUGUGGAGUUUCCAAUUUUCUUAUGGAGGUCUCAUACAGACUGGAAGCGCUGGCCAAAAUCUUUGAGCAGAGCGAUUUGUCUUUACCCAGAGUGGCUGCGUAUUUUCACCAGGAAUCAAUGAACGAAAUAGAACAGGCAGAGGCAAUGCUGCAGUACCUGUCCCAACGGGGAGGGAAAUUCUGUGGCAGGAACAUUCAGAGGCCAGGCACUGAAAAUGUGUGCGCCGUCCUUCCCGCUCUGGAGAUCAUGCUUAACCAGUGGAAGGAGGAGAUGAGCGUCAUGGUGGAGCUGAAUCAACUGGCUCGCGAGUACGGAGAUCCACACACUGCCAGCGUAAUCAAAAGUCAGUUCAUUGAGCCUCUUGUCCCAAAGGUCAAGCUCGUAGGUGACCUCUUGACCAGCGCUCACAGAGUGGGCUGCACCAGUGACAGCGCAGGAGGCUUCGGCGAGUACCUCAUCGACCAGCUACAAGAGACGCUGACUACUGCCUAGACUUCCUCUUCGGAAUAAUUUAGGAAGCUUAGAAUGUGUAUAUGGCACUUCAACAGAUGAAUGGAUGGAUAGGCUAUUUAAAGGGUUAGUUCACCCAAAAAUGAAAAUUCUGUCAAUAAUUACUCACCCUCAUGUCAUUCCAAACCCGUAAGACUUUCGUUCAUCUUCGGAACAUAAAUGAAGAUCUUUUUGAUGAAAUCUUGAGAGAUUUCUGUCCCUCCAUAGACAGCUAUGCAAUUGCAACGCUUCAAAAACUUCAUAAAAAGAUUGUAAAACUAAUCCAUAUGAAUUGAGUGGUUUAGUCCAAAUUUUCUGAAGAGACUCCAUCACUUUAUAUGAUGAACAGAUUGAAUUUAGGCUUUUACUCACAUAUAAACAACUCUUUAUUAACUUUUUGAAGCGUCAACGUGGUAGUUGGAGGGACAGAAAGCUCUCAGAUUUAAUCAGAAUGAUCUUCAUUUGUGUUCUGAAGAUGAACAAAAGACUUACGGGAGUAAUUAAUGACAGAAUUUUCAUUUAUGGGAGAACUAUCCCUUUAAAGUGCAGAAAUGCAAUCACAGUGGUGCAAGAUUUGUAUGUAACAAGUAGUCACUCCAGUUGUAGAUAUUAUUUUGGUAACACUUUAGAUUAGGGAACACAUAUUGAGUAGUUGCUUAUCAGCAUGCAUAUUACUAGCAUUUUGGCUGUUUAUUAGUACUUAUAAAGCACAUAUUAAUGCCUUAUUCUGCAAGACCAUAUUCUAAGUCCCUUAACCCUACCUCACACCUAAACAUAACCACUACAACAACUUACUUACUAUCAAUAAACAAUAGUUAGGAGUUUAUUGAGGGAAAAACUCCUAGUUAAUAGUGAAUAUGUGUUCCCUAAUCUAAAGUGUUACCAUUAUUUUAAUAUCAUUCCAGUAAAAUUAAGGUAUUCUUCAAUGACUGAAAUAAGAAGUUUAGAUAAGAGUUUUUUUUUACUUAACUUUUCUAUCUAUCUCUCUUCAUGUAUUAGUGCUUCAGACCAUAAAUUUAGAUGCAUUUAUAUAUGGAACACUGCACUGGCCUGUAUCCUCUGUGUGAGAGAUUUAUUUGUUUUUGUUUUUUCAAAACAAAAUUUUGCCUUUAUUUGUGCAAGUUAAAAGUAAAUAUAUAUUUUAUAUUUGCAUAUGUAUUAGAUUUGUGAACAUUAUUUCAAAUGAAAAUGUUAUUUUACACUCCCUGACUUUGACUUUUUUACUUUUGCAUAUUAUCCUGCAGUGGGUUUAAUAAACAAUGUCCACAUUUCA